AUGACCUACAAGACUCUUACUAAAAACUAUUUGGCCUCAGAGUCAUCUGCUGCCAAACAGCAGUCUAAUCAAUCCAUUCCUAAGCUUUCAGAAAUACCACCCGUCGCCCCCAUCGAUGAGGAGGAACACACAAAUGGCCGCCUGCAACACUACCUCAUGCGUUUCGAUAUUAUUGCGAAAAGUUUCAAAACGGAAUAUUUACCGGAGUUGGAAAAAUUGAAAUCGCUAUUUGCAAGCACCUUGGCCAAGGAUUCGGUAAAGGAGAAGAUUGCACUACUCGAUACCUACAAUGAUAAUUUGAAUUCCCAAUUUGCCGACUACCUACAAUCCGAAUUGGAUAAACAAUAUAUUAACGAGGAUAUUCUCAUUCAUCGCUGGUAUGUCCAAGAGAUACUGCCCGAACUGAAUGACCAUUUGGCCAAGGAGGCCCAGAGUUUUUUGGAUAAAAUUCAGGAGGCCCAUAAAAUCCACAGUCUUGAUGAAAAAUUUGAAUUCUAUACCAAGGCAGCGGAAAGUAUUGCUGAUGAUCUAUGGGAUUAUUUAAAUGAAAAUCCGGAACCACCUCCGGUGUUGAAUGCCCAUUUGAAAUUUUUCCAAGAAUAUUUGGAGUAUCUGCUGCAACAAGGUGUUGUGGGGACAUUUGAAAAGGAUAUCAGGAGUCUUUUGAAGGAGGUGCAAAAUGCUUUGGCAUCUAAAGAUAAUGCGGAAAAGUUGCGGGUUGUCGAUAUAUUCGAUGAGGUAUCUAGUAAAUUUGGUAGUUUUCUCAAUGAAAAGGUGCUGGAAUAUGAAAUUUUCAAAUUUGGAGAGUGA